AUGGUUGUAUCAUUCUUCAUUGUUGUUUUUCUUCUCUUUACUCAUCAAUCUUUUGCUCAAACUUAUCAAGGAGAGCAUUGUGAUCUUGGAUGUUUAUUAAAUAAACUUAAUCUUACCAUAGAACUUGGUAGAAAUGAUGCAUGUGCUAGUGAUAUUGGAACUGCUCAAAUGUGUUUUAAAACAAUAAAUAUUAAUUCAAUUGAACUUAAUGAAUUAACUGCUACAGAAGAUGAUGUAACAAAUCCACAAUCAUUAACAGUUAAUGUUGGAGUAAACAGUAUUUAUGCUAAAGCUGUUUUUUGGUUAUACAAAGAUAGUGAUGCAGAAGUUGGUGAAAUGGAGUUUACUGUUAAAAAUAUUAAAUUGAGUGCAACCCUUGAUUUUGAAACAGAAGAAUAUCUUGGUUAUAGUAUAGUUAAAAAAGUCUUUACUACUAUAACUGUUCAAGAUGGAAUAUCUUUUGAUAACGUUGUUUGUACUUGUUAUGAUGGAGGAUUUUUCACUGACCAUACUUGUUGGUGGAUUAAAACUACUGUUGGUAUAGCUAGUGGACUUCUUGAUACUAUUGUUCCUAAAGUACUUGACAGUCAAAUGUCUAAAAUUGAAGAAUCAGUAAACACUGCUUUAACUGAUUUAUUUGCUGAUGUCAAUGAUAAUUAUAUUAAGCCAUAUAUUGGUAAUCUUGAUCCUCAAUAUAUUCCUGUUCCAGAAGGAAUGAUAAAUGUAACUGAAAGUUCAAUGUUUGAUAUGGUUUCCUGGGCAACUACUUACUUACUUGGAGGUAAUACUUCACUUGGAUUAAAUAAUUUAAUUAAUAGAUUCACUCAAGAUACUGGAAAUAUUGUGGUUGGAUCAAAUGGUAAUGAUACAUUCUCAGAUUUAUCACCAUUGAUUAUUGAAUUAUUAACUUUCAAUGACAUUGAAUUAGGUGAUCUUAAUGCUACUUUAGAUUUUGGAGUUACAUUCUUUAAUAUUAGUGGAUUAAAUACAUGUAGUAAAAUGGAGUUCUUUGAGCCAUUAAGAAAUACUAUUGAUCCUGUUACAAAUCAAUCAGUUUGUGAAGAGUUAGAUACAUGUGAUCAACAAUUAAAACUUUCAUCUGGUCUUGAUCGUUUAGAAAUUAAUGUAACAUUUGCACUUAAUAUUACUUCUAAUAGUAGUACAUUAGAUAUGGGAAGGAGAAGUAUUACAUGA